CAAUAUUGAAGGGAGGGAACAACACGCAAAGAAAGAGUGAAAGCAAACCAAAAGAAAAAAAAAAAAAAAAAGAGCAAACAUGAGUGGCUUAGCUUCAACUCCUCGGACCUUGAUCAUCGGAGCCGGGUGCAUGGGCCAGUUUGUUGCCGAAGCCUGCCUCGACGCCGGCAUCCCCACCUAUAUUCUGAUUCGGUCGACUCGUAACCCCCCUUCUAAAACGGAAACCAUCAAGGCUUUGCAAAACAAAGGAGCUGUUAUUGUACACGGUUGCAUUGAAGACCAACCAUUGCUGGAGAAAAUUCUGAGAGAGCACAAGAUUGAAGUAGUGAUAUCAACUGUUGUUUGCUUUUUGGAGCAGCUUCAUUUAGUGGAAGCUAUCAAAGCUGUGGGAACUGUUAAGAGGUUUUUACCAUCCGAGUUUGGGCACGACGUAGACAGAGUGGAUCCAGUGGAGCCGGCACUAUCAUUGUACAAGAUAAAAAAGAAGGUGAGAACAGAAACCGAGAAGGCAGGAAUCCCCUACACUUACAUAUGCUGCAACUCUAUUGCUGGUUGGCCCUACCAUGACAACGUCCAUCCAAGUGAAGUUCUCCCACCCUUGGACGCGUUCAAAAUCUACGGUGAUGGCACUGUCAAAGCUUACUUCAUUACGGGUUCUGACAUUGGAAAGUUUACUGCAAAGGCGAUAACGGAUGAACGAGCAGUAAACAAAACAAUUCAUUUUCGACCGAAAAGCAACAUGUUUAAUGUGAACGAGCUUGCAUCUUUGUGGGAGAAGAAGAUUGGACGAACUCUCCCUAGAAAAUUUAUGACUGAGGAAGACCUUCUCACUGCUGUUAAAGAGCUACCACUUCCUGGAAACGUCGUUUCAGCUCUUACUCAUGACAUUUUCAUCAAGGGUUGCCAAGUUAGAUAUUCAUUGGACAAGCCCGCUGACAUCGACGUGUGUUCUCUCUACCCGGACACGCCAUUUCAAUCCAUGGAUGAGUGCUUCGAUGAGUUCAUCGCAAAGUUUCCUGAAGCUUUGAGAGCUCCUUCUCACAACUAGACCAGAACUGGUCAUAACAUGAAGACUUUGAACACUAAUUUGCUCGUACGAACAAAUGAGGUUUCUAUGUCUGUCUUGAAUAAAUUCACAUGAUGUAUUUGCAGCUAAUAGAUAAUUCUGUAACUCAAGUUUGAGUUAACCUUUCUUUA